AUGCGAUAUGAUUUUCAGGUGCACUGGUCGAAUUCCACUGUAGCAGAACGAACAUGGGAAACGGAAGAGAGUAUCGGAAGUUCACAACAGAUGUUACUAGAUUUCAAGAGAGCGAAGAAACUACCUCUAGAACACCAGAAAAUUUAUAAGAGCUAUGCUUUGGAUGUUUACCAGAGACUGGUAAAAGCCGCGAAACUAUUCAAGCCAGUCGACGUUGAGAAUGCUGCUGAAAUUGUUUCUGUCGCAAGUGGAAUCCAAUCAAAUCAUCGUGUGGAACUCCGCUUUUCUAAUUCGGCUAUAGAAACGUCGUCUCAAGAAGAUUUCGAAGUAGAAGCGCCACGUAGGGAACAUAUAGAAGUCGUAAACGAGGACAUGUCAAAUAAUAUCGCGCCUACCGAAGCUCCGAUGAAACCAGGGGAAGCGAAACGAGGCGAGAAGCCAGCUAUUGCUAGAGAGGAUUCGAAUAUAUCGUCGGUUACAGUGAAUGCUGAUCAUUUGUGUGAAACACCACCUCCCACAUUUAAAGUUAAACGACUCGAUCCUUUUAACAUCUUCUAUAAGGGUAAAUCGUUCACAAUACCGCCUCUGUUUCGAACCGAAUGGAACGGCAGUAAUGAGGACCGAACACUUCUCAACGAUACUGUCAUCGAAUUCUACUUGUGUCACUUUCUGUGGGAUAAGCUAUACGACGACAAUACACGAAGUCGCUUUCAUGUGUUUAACACAUUCUUUUACGAUAAACUUCAAACACGUCUUCGUUAUCAUUUCAGAGAUGUUCAACCCAGGCAGUCAGAGCUCGGAACCCACUACAAUAACUUAUUUCAAAGAGGGAAGCCAGGUACUCUGUUGCGAAAAGAAGUUCUCGUGAUUCCCUGUCAUAUUAGAAAGCCGAAACAUUGGUUUCUUAUCCUGGUUCACAAUCCAUCAGGAGCAGUUAUACGUCGUAGAGCAUCUAACGAAGUCGACGAUAACAAUAACAGAAAACAAAAGUCGCUAUCCGCUCAGAUAGCUGAGUAUGCACAGUUCGAAGAAGGGAGCGAAUGUCGCAUAAUUAUUAUGGACAGUCUUUGUCAUAGCCGCAGAUUCGGCCCAGAUCUCGCCAAAGCACAUGAAGAAGCAUUUGAUUCGAUCCGAGUUUGGCUACAAAUGGCUGCUGCUGCAAAUGGAGAGGAGCUUAGGGCGUGUCGUGUCAAGUAUAUUCGUGAAGUACUGAUAAUACAAAAGAACGGUGUGGACUGCGGAAUUUUUAUGAUGGCAUUCGCCGAGUAUUUCACAUGGUUUAACACCGAAUGGCUGAGGGCUCCAACAGAUUCGCUUGUAAAUAUGAGAAUGGAUGACGAUCUGAAACAUCUGCUGGACAGUGUAGAACCACGCAUGCGGCUGGAGGCGAUUCUCCAGAAAUUCACGACUUCGAAAAGGGAAAACUCAACUCUCCCACCAUCCCAAAAUAUGUAA